AUGGCCCCGUCCAGCCCGCACAAGCCUGCGCAGGCUGCCGGCAUCCAUCUCCACCCUCAAGACAGCGCCAUGCACUUGCAAGACACGCCCCAUCCCCCGCAAACUGCCCCUGCCUCACCCUACCCCACGUCACACACGUCCGACGCCGUGACAGACGGCGACGACGAAGGCCUAGCAGGCUCGUCGUCGGACUCGGGCUUCGACAGCGGCAGCCUCUUGGGCGAUGGCACCGACUCGCUCGCCUCGUCCAUCCUCAACCACCGCAUGGAGAACGGCCGCCAGUAUCAUGCCUACCGCGACGGCGCAUACUGGGGCCCCAACGACGAGCUGGCCAAGGAGAUUCUCGACUUUGCCCACCACAUGUACCUCCUGACGCUCGACCAGAAACUGCACCUGGCCCCUCUGCACAAUCCCCAGGCCAUCCUCGACUGCGGCACCGGCACCGGCAUAUGGGCCAUUGACAUGGCAGACCAGUAUCCCUCGGCCACCGUCACCGGCACUGAUCUCUCUCCUAUCCAGCCUGAGUGGGUCCCGCCAAACUGCCACUUUGAAAUUGACGAUGUUUCCCUAGAAUGGACUUUUCCCCCAAACCACUUUGACUUUGUCCACAUCCGCGAGCUGUUUGGCUGCAUCCCAGACUGGGACUUUUUCUUCGCCCAGGCCUAUCGCCACAUCAAACCCGGCGGCUGGAUCGAGAUAGUAGAGCACUCGGUGUGCCCCAUUGCCGACGACGAUUCCAUGAGCCCGGACCACUUUUACCAUACCUGGGGAAAGGUCGUGGUCGAGAUGGGAGACAAGUUUGGCAAAAGCUUCACCAUCUGGGAAGAGAGCGCAGAGAGGAUACGGAGGGCCGGCUUCGUCGAUGUCACCGUCGUUGACUUCAAGUGGCCAAUGAACGGUUGGCCUACGGAUAAGAAACUGAAGAACAUUGGCCGAUGGAACCAGCUGCGUCUCAUGGACGGAGUCGAGGGUUUCAUGCUGCGGCUACUGACUCAAGUCGGCGGCUGGUCAGUUGUCCGUGCCCAGCUCCACCUAGCUCAGAUGCGCAAAGAGCUCAAGAGCUACAAAACCCACGCAUACCUUCCCGGAACCGUUGUUUACGCCCGCAAGCCCUUUCGUACCUGA